AUGGGUGAUGAUGAUGAUAAACAAGUAGUGAUUAUUACUGGGUGUUCUGGGGGUGGAAUUGGGCAUGCUUUUGCUCGAGAAUUCGCAGCCAAGGACUGCCUUGUUGUGCCCACAGCUCGUUCACUGGCUUCCAUGUCUGAUUUUUUGGAUAACCCACGAUUUUUUCCUCAGGAACUUGACGUCUUGUCGGAUCAAAACGUGAACGGCGUGGUUUCCAAUGUUCUUGAUAAGUUUGGACGGAUUGAUAUCGUUGUGAACAAUGCUGGAAUUCAGUGCCUUGGUCCUCUGGCUGAGGUUCCUCUGUCUUCUAUUCAACGAACAUACGAUACUAAUGUUUUUGGUUCCCUGAGGUUGAUCCAAGCUGUAGUUCCUCACAUGCAGUUGAGGAGGAAAGGAAAGAUAGUAAAUGUCGGAAGUGUUACCGUCCUUGCCCCUGGACCCUGGGCAGGAGUUUACACUUCAUCAAAAGCUGCUAUCCAUGCAUUGACUGAUAGUUUGAGAUUGGAACUUCAGCCAUUUGGAAUCAAAGUUGUAAACAUAGUUCCAGGGGCGGUGAGAUCAAACAUAGCAGAAUCUGCAAUUGCUAAUUACAGUCAAAUGCCCGAAUGGAAGAUAUAUAAGCGAUACGAAGAAGCAAUCAGAGCUAGAGCUUAUAGUUCACAGGGCAAGAGAGCAAUGCCAGCUGAAGUGUUUGCAAAGAAAACCGUUAGCCGAAUACUAAAGGAGGAUCCCCCGGCUUGGUAUUCCACUGCCCAAUUCUCUACAAUAAUGGCAAUCAUGUAUCACCUGCCUCUCUUUAUUAAAGAUUUUAUUCUCCGGAAAGCAAUGAAGUGUUGA